AUGCGAGAGCCGUGGACAUUGGCCCUGGCCAAGGACACCCACGACCAGAAGGAUGUGAUCCGCUCCAGUUUGGCCAUCAGAGCGUGUGAGCGUCGGGGAAGCUGGCAGCAGGCAGCGCAACUGCUUGCUGGGAUGCCACCGGCAGACGUCCGGCCCGAUGUCAUCAGCUUCAACUCCACCACGAGCGCCUGCGGCAAGGGACGGCAGUGGCAGAUCUCAUUGGGCCUACAGGCCGAGAUGAGGAUCGCCAAGCUCGCUGUCGACCUGAUCGGCUUCAACACUUGUGCCAGCGCCUGUGGCGCAGCUGGUCAAUGGCAGAAUGCCAUGCGCAACUCCCACGCUCUCUGUGUGCAGCGGCUGGCGCCAGACACGCGGACCAUGAACGCCGGCCUGAGCGCCUUGGAGAAGGCGGGUGAGUGGCAGCGAGGUUUGUCAAUGGCCUCGCAGAUGAGACGCCAGCAGUUGCAAGCUUCCGUGGUGACCUUCAACACGAGCAUAGCUACAUUGCGGCAGAGGUGGGACGCCGGCAUCCAGCUGCUCUGGCAGAUGUCCGCGUCUGGUGUGGCUCCGAACAUGAUCAGCUGGAAUGCCGGAGCGACGGCCUUCGCAGAGGGACAGCACUGGUCUCGGGUCGUUGGCCUUCUUUCGAGCCUUCGCCGCCGGCGACUAGCGCCCGGGCCGGCGGCGUACGUCGCUGGGAUCCGGGCCUCCAGCGCCCUCUGGGAGGUGGCCCGAGAGGUGCUCGCCGAGGCUUCUUGGGCGAGUUGCCGCCUGAACGUCGUGGCCUACAACGGCGGCUUGCAAUCCUGUGGAGAGGAGCAUGCUGGGUGGCCACAGGCCCUGCGGCUUCUGUCGGAGAUGGAAGCGGUCAGAAUCGAGGCCAACACAGUGAGUUUCAACGCUGCGCUCAGUGCCUGCGAGGUGGAAGGCUGCUGGCAGGUGGCACUGCAGCUGCUGGCUGACAUGGAUUCGCAGCCAGACGUCAUCAGCUUCAGUAGCUGCAUCAGCGCGCUGCAAAAGGGUGAACAGUGGCCAAGAGCUUUGCACCUCCUAUCCGAAAUGCCUGCUGCUGGUCUCAGGCCCAACGUCGUUACACUAAAUGCUGGUAUUAGCGCCUGCGAGAAAGGAGGGCAGUGGGAAGCGGCCCUCUUUCUGCUAGCUGGAAUUCAGCCAUCGCGGCUCUUCCCUACCGUGAUCAGCUACAGCGCUGGCAUCAGUGCCUGCACAAGGGCUUCGCAAUGGCAGAUGGCAUUGCGGUUGCUGCCGCUGCACUGCAUUGUGUAA